AUUGGCCCCACAAAUCUACACUUAUAGCAACCUACCUUAUUGAGUUAUUUCAUCAUCUGCAUCGUCACAUAAACCAUGAAUAGGUGCACCGGUUCAACCAUGAUGGGUCCAUGCUCAUGUGGUCACUACCAUUACCAACCCAACUCCUCAUACUCCACCAUAUUCCCAAUGCCUUACGAACAAGAGAUAUGUCCUUAUGGUUCUUCUUCGCCUUCAUCGGUUGAUUGCACUUUGUCUUUGGGCACACCUUCCACUCGCUUGACUAACGAAUAUGAGAAAACGCACCAUGAAAAGCGUCGUGGGUCUCAUUGGUGGAACAUUUUGCAACCAUCUAGCCACUCUGCCUCACAGUCGGCUCAUAAAGCCAACCGUGCAGGCAGUGGCAACAGCGGUGGUAAUGGUUCUGCCACCGCUGCUGAUAGUCUCUUUUCGAGGAGAUGCUCUAAUUGCGACACCACUUCUACUCCGCUUUGGAGGAAUGGACCUCGUGGCCCUAAGUCACUAUGCAACGCAUGUGGAAUUCGAUACAAGAAAGAAGAGAGACGCGCCAACGCGGCUGCAGCUUCGGCGGUUACAACUGUUGGCAGUGAUGUGACGGAUGGAUAUCACCACCAAUACAUGAUGAAUAGUAACCAAUGGGCUAAUGACUACUCACACUCAACGUAUAAAACGCCGUCAUGCUACUCACCGGCGGCCGCGACGAACGAGUUUAGGUUCAUGGAUGACGUGGACGACAGAGAUUCGGCGUUUAUGUCGUGGCGGCUCAACGUCACGGACAGACCAGGCCUCGUCCAUGACUUUACUUACUAGAUGAAAAACUAAAAAAGUAUACAAAUCUAAAUUAAAUAUGACGUGGCAGUCAUACCCAUGAUGACGUGGAAACGUGGGGUAGACCUUUUUCUUGUUUAAAAUUCUUUACGUUAGAGAGACGAAUGUAUUAGAUCUUGCUUUUUUGUUUUUGUUUUUUUUUUUAAUUUUUAAGCUUUAGAUUUAGUAGCAGCAGCCUUUUUUCACUUUUGCCAGUCAAAUUGUUUUUGUUUUUUAUUUUAUUAUUUUUUUAACUUUAAUCUAAUGUAAACAACUUUACUCUUCUUCA